AUGAAUAGCAUCCAAGUACGUGGUGUGAUUUACACUCUGCUACAGCUAACCGACAAGCAGAAACGCAACGGUGUCAUAGCAAUCUCAACGGGCUAUUUCGCUCAAACUCUUUGUUAUUUUGGACAAAAGUUUGGAAUACCAGUAACAGUAGUGAUGCAGAAAUCAACGGCACAGGAAAUAGUUGAUAAGUGUCAAUAUCUGGGAGCAACAGUAAUUGUUCGGGGUGACAAUAUAGUAGAAGCACAUAAUAUCGCUUUGCAAACCGCCAGGACAAAAGGUUUAUGUUAUCUUGACGGGAACGAUCAUCCAGACAUGAUUAUUGGGCAAGCCACUUUGGGCCUAGAAAUUUUUGAACAGUUAGAUUCUGGAAAGACAAUUGACGCAGUGAUAUUGCCGACGACGAUCGAUGGUUGUGGAGUAACCAUGACUAUUGCAAUGGCUAUCAGACAAUGGAAUUCAAAUAUAAAAAUUAUCGAGGUCCAAACUUCAGUUCAAGAUGUUUUAAUCAGCAAUGUUAGACAAAAAUAUAAAACAUAUAUUUCAAGCCAGAAUGUAUAUGAAGGAUAUAUUAAUUUACUUAAAGACAUAAGGUCAUAUUUGUUCGAUCAGAUUAUUGUGGUACCUGAAACACUUAUUCAAAAAGCUGCCAAUAUUCUACUAACAAAAGAAAACUUCAAUGAUUAUUACGCAGCGAUCGCUUUAGCUGGAAUUUUAACUGGUAACCUGAACGAUUUAAUAAAAGGAAAAAGUGUGCUGAUACCUUUAUUCGGCAAAAAGGAUAAUUCUAACAACUUCAUGGAUAAAUCAAGUUUGCAGUCUGGUUCCAUUUGAAUAAGCGUCUUUAUAUUCCGAACUAAAUAUUUAGUUGAUAUUGUCGACUAAAAUAAAUCAGAAAAAGAACCGCACAUCCUA